UGUCAUCAAUCAAGGGACGACUUCCUGUUUUGGAUUCGUUCUUUUAGUAUAUUUUGUCAACAUAACCAUGGGCCAUAUACACAGAAUGCCUCCUUGAUUAAUAAUGAUUAGCGUUUAAAAUGGCCCUUGUGACAAUACAACGGUCUCCCAGUCCCAGCACCGACCCCGAACUUGAUGCUGAUAGUACUGAAGAUGUCAGUGAAGGCAGAUCACAGCUACGCAAAAGAUCAAAGACCUCCAGAGAGAAGCUGAGAAAAAUAUUCAGCACCGUGCGCUUUAUUUCAAAGCUGCGGCCUUGCCUUAGUGAAAGUUAUUUUACAGUCAAAGGGGCAGCACUCAUACUUCCACAUAAUGAAUGCACAAAGAAAACUACUAAGAAAAGUCAUGGAGGUGAAAUUCAAAGUCAUUUACAGGCCAUGCUCCACCUAUUGAGACCAGAGGACUCCAUCAAAAUUGCUGUUCGGCUAGAAGAUGUAAACAGUUCCAGUCGCUACAUGGCGCUGGUCUCUACAAGAGGGCGCCAGGACACAGAAGAGGCCGUCAUACUUGGCAUAGACUGUCAUGGGAGUGAGGCUGCCAUAGGCCUGGUGCUCCCUGUCUGGGUGGGGCUGAGGUUAAAGUUAGGCGGAGAUGGAGGUUUUAGUUUGUGUGCGGAUGAGCAGCACUACCUGUUCAAGCCUGUAUCAGUCCAAGCUAUGUGGUCAGCCAUUCAGAGCCUAGUGAAGGUGAUGCAUGUUGCUGAAGACAAGAAGUACAUUGACACAGGUCUCACACACACUUGGGUGGGCUACUACAACUCUCGCAUUGAUAGGAGGGAUGCUACAAGGCUCUGUCAGUGGAAUGUCGUGGGAAUCGAAGUGUUUGCGCCAUCAAGCCUUUCACUCAAAAGUGAUGAUGAGAACGAGAACAUCAAGAUGACCAUCAGUCAGAAUCUGAAGGAUGUCAUGAUGUCAGUGGACCUUGAUGAGGCUACUUCAAUUAUGCUGCGGAAGAAGGUGGAGGAAAAGAUGGGGAUCUCUCUAGCGGAGUUCAAGAGUUUCUUUGAUGAGGAAGUCAUGAGGAUUCUGGGACAGAUGGAUGAGCCAUCCAAGAUUUUGGAUUAUCUGUAUCUGGGAUCUGAGUGGAACGCGUCCAACUUGGAAGAAUUAAAAAGCAAAGGAAUAAGUUAUAUACUGAAUGUGACGAAAGAGAUCGACAACUUUUUUGUCGGCAUGUUCCAGUACUACAAUGUGCGUGUGUGUGAUGUGGAAGAGGAGGAGUUGCUCAAACAUUGGGACAAAACUUACAAGUUUAUCACUAAAGCUAGAACUCAUAAUGCCAAGGUGCUGGUACACUGUAAGAUGGGAGUUAGUCGCUCAGCAUCAACUGUGAUGGCCUAUCUGAUGAAGGAGAAGCGCUGGUCAGUGGAGCAAGCUUUUGAUUUUGUCAAGAAGCAGCGGGGCUGUGUACAGCCUAACAAUGGUUUUAUGGAGCAACUCCGCAUGUAUGAAGGCAUUUUGACGGCUAGCAACCAGCGAGACAUCUUCCGCACCAAGUCUGAUCAAAAUCUUCUGGAGGAAAACACAGUAGAAACAUCCCAGGGCUCUUUUUUAGGUCAGAGCCUCUUCUCUAUGAUGUCGUACUCUGAUUGGUCGAAUACAGUGACCUCUGGGGGUGUGGCAUAUAAGGAAGAGUGGUCAAUUCCUCUUAAAUUAGACUCAGCUCUCAACUUGAACAUGAUGCAGAGAGACAUGGACCUGGAGGCGGCAGAGUCUCGCAGCGCUGACUCAAUAGAUGAAUGUCUGCCUGACGUCCCCUCUCCCCCUCCCUCGCAGGAAACCAGUUCUGACUUCCACCCCAACUAUUCUGGCAACCCAAUAUUGGUCGUGACCGCACCUCCGUGUGCCUCCUCACGUGCACAUUUCGACCUCCUUUCUUCAGACACUGAGACCAUGGACAGCGACGCCUCGUCAGCGCAGCACUCCCAAAGUACUGGAGACAAACCCAGCACUUCUCAGACAGCCAGCAUCGGAGCCGCUGGGCCGAGAAUUAAACCUGACAGCUCGUGGAUACGGUUGGACAGUCUUGAUAAUCCAGAUGAAAAAGACGACAUAAAUGUGAAAGUUAUUUCUGAACUUCAGACAGACACUGAGGCUCAACCCUCGUAUGGGAAUACGGCUUUAAAUACGAACAUCCUGAACUCAGACGCAACAGGUGACGUUCUUGUAAACGCUGACCAAUCACAGACUCACUUGUCCUCUUCAGUAGACCCCCCAUUUAGUAACAAUUGUAUACAAGAAUUCUGUGAUUAUUCUAGAAACAGUAAAAAAUGUGUUCAUCCCCUGGAGGAGAAACUGAGCCCACAGAUUUCUCUCAGCCCCGUGAAGGAAAAUAUAUCUUGCUCAACAGUUGUAAGCCCCAACCUGCGUGAAACUCACCCCCCUUCAGUGAGCCAGGUGGGGGGGAUAGAAAUUUCUAGACCUGGCCAUGAGAAAAUGGUGGACAGGUUCGAUGACCCAGAAGUGAGUCCAGAUGUUGAUGGGGAUUUGAAAUCAAAAGAUGAAACAACCCCUACAAAACAAUCAAAAGCCGGCGCAACAAAGAUUGAUAUUGGUGUGAGGCAAUAUUUUUAUAGGGAAAAAAUUCCAUGGCACCCUGGCAAGGUGAAAAGAAUCAGAGAAGACAUAAACAAGACAGGUCAAAUUGUGACAGAUGACGAUGAUGAUGAUGACACUGACAAUGCUUUCAAACCUAAGCAACUCCCCUAUAAAGAAAUGAGCGAGGAUCGAAGUCUGCUGGACAGCUUAGCCCAACCUCCGUCUCAGCUUGCCUUGUCCCAGUCCCACAGUUGUAUAGAGCUGUGUACCCUAGGGGAGGCGGGUCACAUGACACUCUACGAGAAGGAGGAGAUCCCACUUGAGCCUGGAACUGUGUGGCGCAGUAGGCGGGAGAUUGAGGAGAGGCAGAGACUUUUCAGUGGUGAUGGAGUUGAGGAAAUCUUCCUGUCCACACGGCCAGUGCUGCGCUCCCUGAGCUUGAAGCAGGAGCGAGACAGCCCUCGUUACAGACUGCCAGAGAAUCGCAGGUCACUCAUGUCAGCUGUUGUUGGUAAAUCAUUAGAUGACCUCAGGUCAGUUGAUGUCAGUGACGUCGGUUUGACUGUCAGACAGCAGGGGUCCUAUGGCAGGGAGGCUGGAGACUUGAAGAAAUACAAGCCAGUUGCAGAUGUCCCCAUGGUUACAUCUAGUGAUGAUGACACCCCCAUCACACCUGGACUGGUCCUCAAGCAGACUAAAGAACUGGAGAGUAGGUUUGACCACGUCCAGUCUCAGGGUGGCAACUCAGAUACCACCAGCCCAUGGACGAGUGGUCAAGCUGUGUCCAGCACCCCUCUGCUGACCUCACCGCCACAUAAACUGGCCCAUUUCUCCGACUACCACGAGCCCUGUGAGGAAAAUGUGGCUCAAGGGAUCUCACACAGGAGGAGUAACUUUGACUCCGAGACCCUUGCACUGAUACGAGAGAUUGGCUCGGCUCUCCUCAUGAGCCCCAGCGGGUCCAAGUCUAAACUAUCAGAUGAGGAGGAGCCAUGUACCAAUAUGGUCAAGUAUUUUGUCAGGAAAAUAGAAAAGCAAAAUAUUUCCCAGCCCAAGCAUGAUAAUACUCUCACGGACGACGACAGCAAAGUUGAGAACGAGAACAGGGGCAGACAAUCUAUGGGUUAUGAUGAAGUAGAUUGUGGUCAUUUGUCUCCCCUGGCUCCAGUGCGGACAACCAAGACAACCAGUUUGACCUUGGACUUCAGCAGCCCAGCUCGUAAUGUCCUGUCCAGUCCCAGACAAGAACGCAGGUAUGGCAGCUGGAGGAGCCUUGACCAGACCAGUUCACAAAGUUUCCAUCAGGCGUCUCCGUCUGACGCUGGCUGCGAGGGUAACCAUUCAGGCGAGGCGUCAGCGUUCUUGACCCAUGUUCCCGCAGCUGUUGUAGUCGGAGGCUUGGGCUCUGCAACUAGGUGGGACGAGGGUGGUGUGUCUGCUCAAUCAAGCUCCGCCUCCUCACCGCGCUCACCCACGCACCACUCGUCAGAUUCCGCAGAACCUUCUGUUGUCCGGCACCUAGUAGGAAAGUUUGAGAUCAAAACCCCGGACAUGGAGAGAAGCGUGACAUCAGAAUUUGGACACGACUACAUCUACAAAGGCAGAGACCACUAUGACAAUUCCCCUUCUACUUCACCUACAACUCCACUAAAAGUCACCCCCAAACAGGACAUCAUAUCUACACCAUCCUUCAACACUCAACCCACCCUUCCAUCAUCUCUACCCUCCACCUCAGUGUUGAAACUCAUCGACAACAGCCCAGUACUGUCAUCCACUGUCUCGACAUCGUCCUGCACACUGUCAUCCCUUCACAGAAAACACACCUCCCUAGACAGCGCCCAGCCUCCACCACAAGCUAAAGGCUACUCUGAUAUAGCAGUGGAGCUGUACGAGCUCCCAACCAUCUCUCAGAACAUAGCCCUGGCCCAGACUAAAGAGAAGAAACCAGUUUCCGGACUUUUCCCUAGUUCAUCCGCAAGUAAACCUGGACCAACGCCGUUCAGCAGGAGUAGUAUGGAAGGGGGGGAUUCCAAACCCUGGAGGUCAGUGCGACCUAAAUCAGCAGACGUGGUCCAGACAGCAGAUGUUUCGUUGGCGUAUCAAAAUGUGACAGACAAGAAUGGGGACAGGAAACCAGUAUUAAUGGACACGUCCGAAGACGAGGCUGCCUUAAGACAAGUCUCUGAGGAGGGGAGGAAAAUUCGACGGCUGCACGGGAAGUCACACCCCCUGACAAAGUUAUCUGACACACGGACAGGCAAAGGACCUUUCCAUAGCUCAAUGUAAUCAUAUUCUUCAACUCUUUGUAUGUAUGUAACAAAACAAUCUUUAAAAACAUGAAUUCCUUGUAUAUUAGAUAGAUUUGUUUCUUUAUCUGUGUUCUUCAUAGUUUUUAAUCAAUUAUAUUCUUUAUGUUCGGUUUCAUCUUUGGUUUUUUUUUUAUUUGUUUUUUUAUAUUCAAGGUCCCAGAGGAUGCGACCAUCCAAAGUUUUGUAAGCUAUUUAUUUUAUCAGUUGUCAACAGACAGAAUGAGAUUUUGUCUUGCUCCUGGAUCAGACUUUUGAUGUUGUUUGUCUGCCUUGGACCUGUUUGUUGCUCUGUUUAGACAAGUUAUUUUAAACAUUCCAAAGUUUCCAUUCUCUGGUUUUAUUUUUGUUGUAACCUAGCCCGUCAUGCACUGCCAAAGAUCCAAAGACGAUUGGUUUGGUGAAUUGAUAGAGCUCACUAGAAGACUUCCUUGACUAGAUUAUUGCUAAAUGUCUUCUUGGUCAUAUUUUUGGUUCACUAACAACUCUAUCAGGUGCUAAAGAUGGACAAAAAGACAAAUUUUAUUUGUCUUUCAAGACUUUUUUUACCUUUACAUCAUGAUUCACUAAACUCUUUGUGCAAAAAAAAAAACAAAAUUUUUUAAUAACAUUUAAAAUCUAAAACACAACUCAUUAAGUUGAUUUUAUCUUCAAUUUAGAAACUUUUUCCCCUUAAAUUUAACAUUAACCUCACUGCUUAUUGUCCCCUUUCAACAUUUUAAACAUAUUUCAUCAUCUUCAAGUAACAAACCACGAGGCUACUGUGUUAAAGUUCUAUUGAUGUUCUGUCUUAGCUAAAGCAGUGUGUGUAGUUGUGCUCAACCCUAAGUUUUAUCAAAUAAGCAAAUGUUUUUGAUAACCUUGCUAAAUUAUCACCAAAUUUACUUGCUUUACAAAAAAAAUAAUUUUUAAUUCUAAAAGCAGGAUAGUGAUGAGUUGCGAAUAUAAAUGGCCUUAAGAAAAAAGUGCAUGUAACGAAAUAUUUUGUCAAUUUAUCUUGUAAACUUGUUACAACAUUACAUCAGAAUAGGCAAAAAGUUAUUUUAAAAUAAAGAAAUGUUUUAUUAUGCUAAUAAGGCUAAGUGUAAAAAUGUGAACACACCGGCACUAGCUUAACAGGAGCAUCCAGGUUUUAUGUUUCUUGUCACAGUGUCUUUCUGUAGUUUUAAUCGGAGCAUCUCGCUGUAGCAUUUUGUUGUCCACUUUUGUGAUAUGACCACUACAUAUCAAGUCACGUGACCUGAGUUGUGUUUUGUCCAAGCAUGCCCAGAACUUUACAGUCGUGGAGGUAGCAAGCAUUGGGCUUUAUCUCCACUCAUUGAAUGAGCCAGUUUACUCAGUUGUUAAAUGAUUUGUUUAUCGUAUUUUGUUUUAAUGUUUCAAGCUUACUUGUGCUCUAUACUAAACUCUAACACAGUAACUUUAUUUUUAAAAUGGCAUUUUCUUUAUUAAUUUAAUGCAAUUUAAAAUUAACUGGGUUUUCUGUGCGACCAUCAUUUAAUGAAUUAAACAAGCUUAAUAUGGUGAUGUAAAAUCUUAGGCACCUGAAUGGUUUGUUUUAAAAUUUAAUUUUUUAUUGAUUAAAGAAAAGUUAAUGUAUUUAUCUAGUCUAGAAUGUUUGUCCAAUAGUAGACUAUGGAGUUAAAACAGCUAAACCUUUGUUAAAACUUAAAACAUCACUACACUGAAACAAUUUUAUUUGAUCUGAAAAUGCUGUAGUCAUUUGCACAGACCCAUUUUUCUGCAUAUAAACUUUAUGCAAAUGUAUCAUUUGUUUCAAUGUUCUUCAUGUAUUCCAAAAAUGUAACAUCUUUUUUUUAUUGUAAUAUUGCAUUCAAAUUAAUUUUUGCCUAACUAAAAAAACAACAAUCGUAGUUUAGAAAAUAUAGCCUUAUAUUAUACAGUGCUAAAGACGUGGGGGUGAAACGGAAUAUUUCAACUGACUAUCCCUUCAUCCUUCUAACAUUAUAAAGCUGUUUUUAUUAAUCAUUGUUUGCUUUUAUAUCAAAACAACCCUGUAUAAUUGUUAGGUAUUGUUAGUUUUUCUUGAUAAAUUAGCUUUGUUCAAAUGCUAGCAGUGCCUUGGUAAAUAUUUAGCAUGUGCUCAUAUAUUUUUAUAUUUCAAUAUUUACACACGACACUUGCACAACAAGCAAACAACUGCUCAUUUAUUGGUAUCAAAUAUUUUUAUUCUGUAUAUUUUCUCUAGCGUGCAAUCUGUAUCUAAAAUUUCUGCAUUGAAAUCCUUUUUGUGUGUUCAGUAGAUUUGUAACAGUGUUUUAAUGGAUUAUUGUCACUUAACCGUGGCUGUUUGCUAUCUUCGUCUUUUCAUUGUAUCAUGUACCUGGUGCAUUUAGGAUAAAGUCACGUGGCUUUGAGAUACACUCACUCCCAGGCCAACUGAAACUGAAAUUAUUCUUUAAUUUUGACAGUUAUUGACACUAAUUUUAUAUUUCUGUUUGACAAGGGUGUUUUCGUGUUUGAAUUAUUUAAAACUGGAUCUAUUGGACAGUAUCCAGAUUCAAAUUUUCACUUUGCAUAAUACAUUUAAAAAAAAAAGCUGUCUUAGUAUCUUUUCCAGGCUUUUUUUUAACUUUCAUAUUUGGCUUGUUUUUCUUGUAAAAUCUGGCUAGAUGGCUUUUCCUGUCCUACAGAUUGGUGUAGUUUUUAACCUGUUGUAAAAAAUUUUAUAACCAAAACAACUAGAAAAAUUACCAUAAAUGCACUUCAACAGUGGCAUAUUGCAUGUAAAAUUAACACAUUAACAUUAUAAAUAUUUUUUAUUGUUUUAUGUAGAUAGAUAUAAAAUAUAGAUAGUUAUAAAACAUUAUCUUCAUUAAAUAUGAAGCAGUCUAUGGAUCAUUAAUUUUUAAACAUUUCCAUUAUAUUUUUAAAGAAAUACUCUCAUUUUAAUAAUUCAAUAUAAUAAGGAUAGCAAAUGACAUUAUUUUGCUUUUUUUUUUGGUUCUUUUCUUCGAGGCAUGCAGAGAGUUAACUUUUUGGCGGAUGGUUGAAAGUUACCCUCUAGGGUAACCCCCACCCCUCUUAAAGGCAGGGGCAGAGUUAACUUUUGGGUGAUGGCUGAAAGUUACCCUCUGGGGUACCCCCACCCCUCUUAUAAGCAGGGGCAGAGUUAACUUUUGGGUGAUGGCUGAAAGUUACCCUCUGGGGUACCCCCACCCCUCUUAUAAGCAGGGGCAGAGUUAACUUUGAGAUAAAAACUUCUCUGGGGCCCCCUCACCUGUUAACUCACAAAGCUGUUUGUGAUGUGUUCCUGCCAGAUUUAGACUGGAUAAUAUGUCCAGGCAUAUCUGUCAGAAGCUGUUCAUUAAAAUAGAAGAGUUCACAGCCAUGCAGUCUAUAUAAGGCAUGAGAUAGGCACUCAGUGUUGUGAUAUGAAAUAGUUGGGGCUUCUUUAUGUCCUGCUUAAUUCAACACUAACUUAGGGAUUAAGCACAUAAUAUGUAACACAAAAUAGGACAUUUUACCCAAAUUCUUCGCUAAAUAACAUUAUGUAACAUUUCCACACAACAUCUAAUAUUAAUAUUAUAACAUAUUUUAUAACUUACUCUCUUCCUGAAAACAACAACUGGGACUACAAAAUGUGAACUAAAAAAAAAUUUUGGUUUUCAAAUAAUUUUAGAUGUUUGAUACAUGCUUGCUACAUCUGUUAGAGUUGAAUGCAUUGCAUAGAAAUUUAGCAGACAAAUUUUUUUUGGAAAAAUUAAGUCAGUGUUAUAUGACAUACACUAUCUUCAUACCACUUUCCAUUACCUUAUAUAACACCAUUUAAAUAUGAUCGACCACAACUGCUUCCCCCCCACACACACAUUUAAUACUAUGUGCACCAUCACUAAGAUAUAGGGCCAACUAAUCCUAACCCAACUUUGAAUUUUAAAAAAAAAUUACAUCUCUUCUAGUGUUAGAGAUUGAUCAUUCUGAGGCUAAACGCUCGCAUUAAGAAAAGUAUCUCAUUAAUUUAGCCUAAACAUUGUUGCAUACUCUUCAUUUUUAAACUGCUAGAUCUAUACCACAAGAAAAGUAUCUCAUUAAUUUAGCCUAAACAUUGUUGCAUACUCUUCAUUUUUAAACUGCUAGAUCUAUACCACAUCACCAAGCUAAAGUUUGAGAACAGGUUUUACAUAGAGCAUUGUUACCUUGUGAUAUUGUAGAGCUAGUGAACUCAUCUGUUCAAGUCGUAAUUGACUGAAUUCAGAGGACUCUUCUAAAGUCAUGUUUUUUUAGUAGGAGCAAAAAAUGUUGAGUUGCAUGUUAAAUUUUUUUUUUUCCUUUUUUCUGAAUCAGCUGUUUUCCUUUUCAACUGUUUUGUUAUAAGUGAACAUUUUACUUGUAGGAUUUCUUUUGACUCAUGGCCUGUUAUUCUUGUAAUAGUCAUGACAGUUUUUAUCUGUGACUUUACUAAGGUGUGUGUGAUUUUGUCAUCUAUUUGUCCUGUGAUUUUGUAAUUGUAAUAGAAUUUUACAUGUGAUCUUGUCUUCAAUUUUUCUGUGAUCCUGUCAUAAAUUUUGUGUUAAUGUGGAGUUGUCAUAGAUUCGUCCUGUGUUCUUGUAACAGAUUUCUAACCUUGUGAUUUUUUUGUCAUAGACUCACUCUAUGUAUUCUUGUCAUAAAUUUGUUCUGUAUGCAAAUAAAAACCCAACCAAGAAACAUCAAAAGAAAUGUAAGAUAAGCAAGCCUUGUCCUCUCCUAGCCUAUAUACCUCUGUACUUUAGCAAAUUUUUUUAUUUAUUUUGUUUAUAUUUGUCACAAAAAAAUAAACUGACAAUUUGAUUGUAAACCUCCAACAUGCACACUGACAAUACCAUGCUUUAUUAUCUAAUCAGUAAGUCUGUUAAUCACUUGAUUUCUCUACUACCGGUAUUAAUGGUUCGACACUGUUUGCUUUUCACUUCUUUUACUGUACAUCAUCUGGCUGGUUCUAGACACGGGAAUGGUGUCAAGGCCAGGUAAUAAAUUAUAUGAGCUACUCGCU